AUGUCUGAACAACACCAUCACUCACUGAUGAAUUUACCAACAGAGAUUCAUCAUGAAAUAUUCAGCUACUUGGAUUAUGUUCGUGAUAUUUGUUGUGAUCCAAUACUUUUCCAACCAACAAUUAUCAUGCCAUCUACUUUGGAGGAAUUUGAAGAAAAUUUCUCCUCGGAAGAGUUUUUGGAUUUUGAUCAUCCAAGUAAAGUACCAUUCUUUCUUGCAUGUAGAUCAUUGUUACGAUCUGUAAAAUCAUUCAAGCCUACCAUGUUGAACUUUACUAUGUUCUCUGUUUGGAGACGUUGUCGAUAUAGUUUGGAUGAAAGUUAUCUUCAACAAUUGAACGGCAUUGUUCCUUGGUUUUAUGAAUCAAAUAAUAAUGGAAAAAGUGCAAUAGUUUGGUUGAAUGAAAUUUUAGAAUUCUGUAAGAAAAUGAAAUGUCUAUGCCAAACAGAUCCUUUCAGACAGGUUGAAUUUAUUUCCUUUUCCUCUAGGUUGGGUAAAAACCAUUGUGCAUUUCCAUAUUUUAAUUUUGGUUCUAUUUUCUCACAAAUUUUUAUUCUGAUACCAACAAUCAAAUAUGUACUACUGAGAAUCAAUCAAACAAUUCUCAAAGAUUCUGCAUUAACAUUUGUGCAAUCUUCUGUAGUUUCUAAUAGAACCUAUUUUACAUACAGCAAUAAUAUAUAUAGAUCUGCCUUGGAACAUGAACAAAAUCCAAAAGCUCCUAUUGAGAUAUUGAAAAAUGUAUUUCCAAACAGGUACCCCAGAAAUAUUGAAAUUUUCCUCUAUAAUUCAAUAGUUUCCAACGAUUUUGUGCAGGCAAACUACUUAAUUGAUAAUUUUAAAUUGGAUAUCAAUGCAUUUUCUUAUAUUUGGAACGUAGAAUCCAAUAUUCUUACUGCAAUUGACUACACAUUCUUUACUAACAUUGUACUUAUAUUGCACAAUAUUUACAAAAAGUAUCCCUAUUUUAGAGUAUUUAGGAUUCCAAUUGACUCUAUAGAUUGCUUGGAACUAGUCAAAUCAUUUCCGUUUGUGGACAUUAAUCCUUCUAAAAAUAUUACCAGAGCUUUUUUAGAAACUAUUACCCAAAAUGAUAUUCCACUUAUUUAUAGAGAUUACAAUAUUAAUCUCUCUAAACUUGGAACGCUUAAUUUCUCUGCUAAUUGCUUUCCUAAUAAUUUACAAUUUGAAAAUAGUAAUAAUAGUGAUAUUAAUGGUGUAUCUCCUUCAAUGCUAACCAAGAAGCAACCUGAUUUUAAUGCAAGGGACAAGUUUGGAAAUAAUAUCCUACAUUAUUACUUUAUCGCUGGUUAUGGCCAUCCUGAAUUCUGGGAACAGUUACCAAAAGAAGAGUUUGAAAGAUUAUUAGAGGAACCAAAUAAGUUUGGUGUAUCUUCUGCUGAGAUUGGUUUGUUAAGAAAGAAUAGAUUAAAUUUUGGACAAUUUAAGAAGACGCUUAAUUAUGAGGGAUUAGUUCAAACCUUUGGCAUGCAACCCCCUAACCUAUUAUUUUUAGAUGGAUUAAUAGUGGAUGCAAGAAUAUUGCUUUCAGUUAUUGGUGAUGUGGACGAAACUUACAACUAUGAAGAUUACAAAGAUAUUGAGUACAGAGAUGAAAAUGGGAAACAUUUAGUGCAUUACUCAAAAAAUUGUUUUGGUGAUUCUUUGCCGAAACAUUUGAAAUUACCAUUGCAAGAUAUAAUUUUUUGUAAAGAUAAUAAGGGUACAAUGCCUAUUCAAACAAGCAAUAAUUAUUAUUACCAUUCUUUAGACAAUUUGGGAUUGCUUGACAAUAUACCUAGAGUGAAUUUUGUAUCACACCAAGAUGAAUUUGGAAUGCUUAGAAUUUUAUAUCAAAUGGUUGAUUCAUACUUAAAUACGGACAAGAUGGUUUGUGAGGCAUUUUCUGUUGGAUUUGAUUACUCUUCUGGUCAACCAGAGUUACUAUCAUUAUUUUCACAUUAUUCAGAUGGUCGAUAUCAUUUUUCAAUUGAUAGAAGCAUUAUGAAACAACUUCGAGGUAUUAACUGCUUUGGAUCAGUUGAUGGAGAUGAUAUUUCACAUUUUGUUUUGAGGUUUUAUUUCAACUUUAUCAAAACAAAAGAGGGAUGGUAUGUAGACAACUCAAUUCUCAAGGUGCUGAUAUCUAAGGGCUUGAGAUUUGAUAUUGUUCGAAACUCUAAGGGACAAACUGCAUUCGAUUUGUUUGAUGAGUUCACUGGAACUCCAACCAUGAUGAGGAGUGUGGCUCAAGUAAAGAAGGCUUGUAGGAGAGGAGUAACCAAAUCAAAAGCAUUGGCCAAAUUCACCAUUCAACACUCUCCUAACCUUCCUCAAGAGUUGAUUUUGGAAAAAAGUGAAACACACCUAGUUGUUAAAUCCAACACUGUUUCUUCUUUCCGUAUUCAUAUCAAAAGAAGCUUGUAUUUUGAAAAGAAACCUAAUCAAUAA